CGUUAAUUUCUGUUACGCGCGCGUUUUCCGCGAUGUACGAAUAAAACGAAGUAGUAUAUAUGUACGCGAUGGGGUUCCGACAUUUCGGUCCGUUUUGGAGCCGCGCGAGAGUCGAGUCGAUAAUUUAACUCGAGCACCACCCAGUAGUUAACGUCAUGGAAACGACUCCUGGAUCAACCCACGGAGCAAAAAAUCAACGUCAGAAGCGCAUGGGCCCCGCCCCCUUUGCUUCUUUCGAGGACCUCUCUGACGAGGUGAGAUCCCGUUUAGAAAGUCCCGAGGAAAAGAAUUUCACUGGGUCAGUGGUCCGACUGCCGGGCAUAAAGGAAGAUAUCACUCCGACGACUCCGGCGGAUGCAGUCACAUCUCCAUGCUAUACUGCGGGAAUAAGCCUGAUUGGAGGUGCCGUGCCCGGGAAGUACCUACCUAACGAAAUUGGUGUCCCACACACAGGUAUCGUAACACUGAGCGCGCACCCGUCAGCAUCGCCGAUGUCGGUCUCGUACUCACCCCAACCAACUAAAAGUACCAUCAGACCACCCAAUACGCCCAGAAUCGAUAUAUCCAGGGCCAGUAGCUCGUCACACCAUGACAGCAGGGACAGCACCCCAGAACGUGAGAUUUUCGAUGGUCAAGAUACAAACGGUGCCAAGCUAGGGUUAGGAUUCAAGGAAGACGGAGCUUUGGAUCUAAGAUCGUCAACGGAGGAAUUGGACUUCCACGACCCGGAAGAACUCCGGAAAACACGAUACCGGACACAGACACCUUCUCCUGUGCCGGACGAAACGUGCCAUUUCGAUCACCGAAAAGACUCGCAGUGUUCGGACAUCGUCCUCCUGUCUAUCUCAGGCAGGUCGUCUAGGAUAUCGAGCAUAGGAAGCCAAGGAUCCGCCCAGAGCCGUUUGUCAAACGCGAGCCACUUGUCGGUCAUUUCGGGACAAUCAGGUACAUCCCGGUGUUCCUCGCCUCACAAAACUCUUUUGGAGACGUCGUUCUGCGGGUCCAAGUUACCGACGACAACGACGUUGACGGCGACGGAAACGUCUGCACCAGUUAGAGUCGACGCCGAAGAGUUGGAAAAAGUAUUGCUGUCGCGCAAACAUGACCCCACCCAAGCAGUACUAGCCGAAGGCAUUAAGGUCGACGAAGGUUCGAAAAAUCCUCCGGCCAAGCCGACGCGCAAGGUUGAACUUUCGGCAGUUAAAAACGACGUCAGAAUCCACGUGGAAAAGACGGAUGACGUCGGUCGAGCCGACAAUACGACGGACUCGCGACCCAAACUGCCACCUAGGAAAAUCGUCUCUAAAAGCGGAGUCGAGUACAUUUAUAUCCCUUUAAAGGGUCCGUUGCCGGUGGAUGAUAGUGAAACAGGCGACCACAACCCAGCACAAGCCGCGAGAUCUCGAACGCACCAGAGCGCGUCAUCCACCAAACCGAACCGGGACCUAAAGGGCCAUUCCAAAUCUGCGAGAUCGUCCAAAUCGACUACCAAAUUGGUAACCGCUCCCAGACCGGCAAGUGUUUCCGCUUCGACAUCCCCUGCGGUGUCCCAAAGAUCCGAACCUCAAUAUAUCAGGAUCAAACUAAAACCCGACCAUUGCUACGACGUUGACGACCAAGUUAAAGAAGACAGAACCAAGCCGAAUAGUUUGGAUCUCUCCUUAAAUGACGAGUCUUCGGUGCACGUGAAUACGCCUAGCGUCAGUCCAAAACUUUCGCGAUAUAAAAUCGACAACGGAAGAGCGGCUGGUAGCUUCACCCCGUCGCCAUCUAUCUCAAGAAGGAGCUCCUUCGCGUCCCUUUUCAAAGCGAAAGAGGCAACCAUCAGUCCGGAUUCGCCAACCACGACCGCUCACAAACGCAAAAACACUUUCGCCGGCAUCCUGAAGAAACCGGUCGAGAUCAGAGAAAGGAGCAGGAGCAGAUCGAAGAGCAGGGAGCGAGUAUCUACGGCGCCGUCGUCCACCGAAAGUAUCGACACCAAGGGCAGCAAACACAAAUCGGUCCUGUCUAUAUUCAAGUCUAGCAAGAAGGGGAAAGAUGGUGACGCCGGUUCACAGGAGACGUUGCCCAGCUCGGAAGGUAUAGGCAAGGUCGAGUUCAAAUUCAACGAGAAAAAGUCUGAGAAACCAUUAGACGGGGACAGCGUGCGAAUUCCUCUCCAUUCGCCCACGUACUACGAAGACCGGGGCGUUUUGCAGGACUGGAAGACGUCGAGUCAGGACUCGCAGGAGACCGUGAUCGAAGCGUCGACGCGUAAAAACGUGGACGUCGUGGUCGAACCGAUACCGCAAGAUACGACCAAGGGAAGCGGCGCGAGACAAAACAGUACCAGCAGCGAGAACGUGACUUUCUCCACGCAGCUAGGACAGCAAAACGAAGUGUUUAGUACGAAACUGCCCAAGCAGAAGACCUUGGUCAAGCAGCCGCACACCAUCGAGUUGAACGGCAGUGUGGUGAACGUACCGCUGCCGGAUUUAAGUGUCGGAGAGGAACCGAUCAAGAGCGAACCCGUAACAUUGAAGGAAGAUGUUAAGCCUGCUGAUGACACUAAGCCAGAAGAGGUGAAGCGGUUGUCCGUGCUCAGCGCAAAGAGUCUCAACUUCGAUGAAGAUCGGAACUCUUCCGAUUCGGAACUGGACUAUCCGAAGUUGAAGAAGGAUCUCGGACUAAAACUGGACCUAGAUCCGUCGGAAACAGAGCGCAAGGCGAUAGUACUGCAGCAGGACUCGUUCGAAGACGAGUUACCUUAUGUGCCGACGACACUUCCGCAGGAGAGGUCCGCCGCGAUGCCAAUCGUUCCGGUCAAGCAGAGAUCAACUAUGGAAAUGAGGACGUGUCCUAUCGAAAGACCAAGAUCGACGACUCCGAUAAACCCGAGCAGUUUGGAGAACUACUGUGAGGAGGUGGUAGCGAAGGAGAACGCGGAAAAGUUGAAAAUAUCUUUACCACGCAACGACUCGAUUCACUACAAGGGCGGAAAGUCGAGGGCCUCGACGGAAGAGAUUCCCCCACCUCCGUUACCACCGAAAGGUGUUCAGAAAAGCUGGAUCAAUUUCGAGGAAAUCCCAGAAAAGAGGAAGCCACCUCGGAGAAUCCAGACGAUACCGUCACGGGGACAGAUUGAGGUGCCGGAUAUGGUGCUCCAAGAGAACGUCGUUUACACCUACGUGAACCCUGAGGAGUGCAAGUGCGAAUGUCACGAGUUAAACGCAGCGAAGGAGAGGGAUCGGCGGAAACCGGAGUCGCAAGUUGGCGUGCGUGAAGAUGAAUUACCUUUGUUGGAGGACGAUCCGACGGAGGACGAGAGGAAUGGCAGUGCGGGUAGAAUGCGGGUAGACGCCGACGACGUAGAGUGCAGAAAUUUAUUGAGCGAUGCUCCGGCAGACUUUAGCCUCGAACCCCGCAGGAAGGAUACGAACGUCACUGAUACGUGUUUAGGUACUCCUUUUACUAGUGAUUUAGGAUUAGCAAGUAACAGAUCCAGUAUCGUGUCCCAGGAUGACCCGCAGUGUCCCCGAUCGCCAAAUGCCUUUCCUAAACAUACUUAAAAAAAAUCAACUUAGCGUGAUAGUAAAAAGUAUCCGAUAUUUAAUUUAUUUUUCUCUACUGACAUAUUUAUACUAUAGAUCCAAUCAGAUCCUCUGAGAAUAUGGAUAUAGUCAUCUUGUUAGUGUUAACCUUUUCGUCAGUUCCUUCUUUUGGAAAGAUGAACAGUAUAUAGUGCCUGGUCAGUAUGUACAAGACGCUGCAAUAUAUCAUGAGGAAUGGCCGAUUCCAAAAUUCUCUUUGAUAUAGAAAACAAAUCGCUUUUUCACGUUGAUUGAAAAAAAAUUAUUACAGGCUGUUCGUUUAUUUAGACGCGGUGGAAAAUGACAGUUUAAUAUUCAUUUGUUUGACUUAUUUUUCCUGUUUGUGUGCACUAACAAGCAUUGUUGACAGUUUCCUUCGAAAAGUUUAUUAAAAGUGCAGCGCCACACUUGUUUAACAUUUGCCUACAAACAGAUUGGUAGAGUAUCGCCAGGGUGUAGACAUUGAGCAAUAAUUAGGAAUACGUAUUAUAAAAUGACAGUUGCAUACUUUUCGACGGAAAUUUGUAAAUUUUAGUUACAUCCUCGUUGAUCCUAUAGUCGCAAUGUCCAGACGGCUGGUCCGACGCAACUAUUUUUAGGGUUGCGUAUAUGGUAUUAAUGAACCUCACGUAGAUAUCUUAAAGCGUGAGGUAGCGCAGCAAGAUACAUUGUAGGCUAAAAUUAAAGUAUAAAAAUUAUUGAAAAUUUUAGCAGGAAAUUUUGGAGGUAAAUAUCUAAGUGAACAUCAUUAAUGCCCCGUAAAUCCGGUCAGCAUUCUUCAAUGUGUACGUCUCAACUUAUCAACAAAUCAAAUUAUCGCAUUUUUGUAGCCAUAUACAAGAAAAGUCGGGACCUAUUUUAUAGAUAAUUUAUAAUACCUAUAGCCAUUAAAACAUGCAUAAAAUUAUUUUCUGUAGAGUCUCAAUACCGCCUUAAGUUCAAAAGCAGUCCUGAAUAUUUUCCCUCGAAAUGUAUAAAUAGAUUUUACAAAUGUCUGUAUAGCAUAUCUUUCAAACUCCUGUGACAAUGGAAAAAAUGCGGCAAUUUUGAAGCCAAACAAAUUUCUAAAGCUCCAAUUUUAUAUCCCUUCAAGUGAUUUGACAUAAAAUUGAUUAUUAAAAAAUAUUGUUAUUACGUCCUUAUAGUGAACUUCCAUUAUUGGAUAGGAAAUCUAAAAACUGGGUAGUGAUCGCAGUUAGUGAAAAUUAAAACGUCGCGAACUAGAAAACGUUUAUGCCACUGUUACCUUCUUUAGUAGAGUUUUAAGUGUCUUAUUAAACGUUGUUAAACAUUCAAGUGACUGAUUCAGUACGUGUAUGUAAUCACAUCGCAUUUUUUGCUAAAAACCGAAUAUUUGUUCAACCUCGUUUUGUAUUAAAUAAUUUUAUGGUACUCCAGAACAGUAUAACAUUCUAUAGCCACUUUUUAUAAAAAAUUAUAAAAUAUCAUUCGAUUCGAAUUGUUGAAGAGUAAUUUUUGCUUCAUUUUAUAUAAUAAUGUUGACAGAUAACCACGAAAUUUUAUUGUACAGUGAAAAUAAA